AUGUCCGGCACCUACGACGAGAAACUCCUUGCUGAGGCGCCUCUUGCUUCGAAGAAAGACCGUCAGGAGGGGUACAAUCUCGAUCUUCUCGAGCCUGAAAGAACUAGCUCGCCUCCCGUUCGGGCAUAUACUCCGGCCACCGGAGUUGUUCCACCAGAGGCGGGCGCUUCAUUUCCACCGCCACCGCGCGAAGGCACACCUCGCCUGGAAGAGGGUCAAACCGACUUUGUCUCUACGGGAGGUGCAAAUGAAUUCAGAAAUGGCGACGAAUACUACUCGAAACCGUCUAAACCAUGGUACAAAACGAAAACCGGAAUCAUCAUUAUUAUCAUCAUUCUUCUCGUCAUCAUUGGAGCUGCCGUUGGCGGUGGUGUAGCAGGGUCUCACAGUGGAAAGAGCAAUAAUAAUGUUGUCCAUGCGACUAGUUCGACCAGCACCUCUCCUUCAACCAACAUUCCCGCCCCAGUUGAGUCCGGCACUUCCAAAACUAGCACUGGGGCAGCAUCCCAAGCAACGGGCACGCUCGGUAUCACCAGAACCCAACAGCCUUCCUCCACAAACACUGCUCCUGGUGGCUCCGAUACCCCCAGCACCACUGUCCCCAGCAUCACCACUGUCCCCGGCACCACAGUCCGCACAGCUGUUCCAACUGCAUCCCCAGGGCCUCCAACUGCGUCCCCAGGGCCAGCAACUAGGUGA